UUCAUUGGAGUAGAAGGUGGUGGAUUUCUGCUUGUGCAUCCCCAAUCCUAAUUGUGUUGUCGCUGCAAGCGAGCUACGCUUAUCCCUCCAACGACGAAACCCUAAUCCUAAUACUAAUCCCUUUUUUUGCCAAAAGCUCGAAAUUUGCGAAUUACAGGGUAUGCAGAUGGAUGGUAAAUUCGCUAAGGAGCUGUACUCAGAAGCUUUGGAUGUUUCAAAAGUAGAAUUGAAUCCUUUAAAGAAUUCCAAUGGUUUCGAUGAUGGUGUCUGUGAGGAUGAAGAUGGAUCUUUUUCUUUUUGGGGUGGCUUGGACGAGGAUUUGGAUAAAGAUUCUGAUUUGGAUAGAGAGUGGCAAAGGAGGCAUGGCCAAUUUCACACGAUUGGUUACCGUGAUGGCCUUAUAGCUGGGAAAGAAUCCUCUUCACAAGAAGGAUUUAAUAUUGGUUUUAAGGAAUCUGUGCCCAUUGGGUACAACUUGGGUCUUGUUCGAGGGGUCACAAGUGCCUUGGCUUGCCUUCCGGAUAAGUUGAAGGAUAGGCUAUUUGAAACGCAGGAGAUAAGAGACAAGUUCGAUGAUUUCAACAAAUCUGUCCGUUCCCUUUCGACCACAGAUGCUCUUAAGCUGUUUCAUGAUGAUAUUUUGAAGAAGAAAGAAAUCCAUCAGAGUGAAGGAGCUGGGGCCAGUUCCACUUCUGAUUUACAAGAGCAAACUUCAAACUGCAGCCAUUUGGAAAAUUAUGUUGGAAAGUUUCAGUCACUUCUUCUUGAAUCUCCAGAGCUGAAGGUACGAAUAUUAAGAGACUGAUCAUUGGCUUGCAAGCACGAGUGUGUGACUAGAUAAGGGUUAUCGUGGAAAAUGACUAUGUACUGAAGUUUGCCUGCUCACUCUUUGGUGCUGAUGUUGGUAGGACUUUCCUGUGAUGAAUAACAGUUAUUCAGUUUGGGUCAUCAUUCUUUUCUGCUGGUAAUUCAUGUAUAAGUACUCUUUGCUGAUAUUUGUUGAGAUCCCUACUAUUUUCACCUUCUGUUAAAGACAUGUCCUUAGGGUUGGAGCUUAGCAAUAUAGGUAAGUAAAGAAUAUACUUUUUUUGUAACUUUACCACAUAUUUUGGUAAUUAUUUGAUGUAAAUAUAGUUGUGGAAAAAUUUAUGUUGAGUGUUAUGUUGUUUGAUUAUAUAUAUUCAGGGACCAGGAAACUUAUUCUAGACUAA